AUGUUUGAUAGCACCCCCGAUGUGUCGCACAUUGAUCAAAUGAGUGAAGUCAUUCGUUACGUGCACAUAGAGAAUAAGAAAGUUGAAGUGAAAGAGUCAUUUCUAGGCUAUUUUCACUUUACAGGAAAAAAAGCCAUAGACAUUACACAGGAUAUCCUAAAUGCAGUUGAAGAAGAUGGUCUGGAUUUAGCAAUGUGCCGAGGCCAAGGCUAUGAUAACGCAUCAACCAUAGCUGGAGUACAUUCAGGAGUACAAGCUAGGAUUCGAGAGAUUAAUCCUAAAGCAUUGCUUGUUCCUUGUGCCAACCAUUCCCUCAAUCUUUGCGGAGUGCACUCCUUUGCAACAGUUUCUUCAUGUGUGACGUUUUUCGGUUGUAUGUUUUUUUCUCAGGCUCAACCCACAGAUGGAAUAUUCUCUUGGCAAACGUUGAAGUUACGGUCAAGAGGCUUGCAGAAACCAGGUGGAGUGCUCACUAUGAGGCUGUUAAGCCUGUGUUCAAGAGCUUCAAGAAGAUUGCCGAUACCAUUGAGGAACUUUGUGACCCUUCAGAAACUAUCGACACUAAAGGAACAGCUCAAACUUUCAUACCUGCAGGAAGUCCUUGUUGAAAAGGCAAUGGAAUUUGCGAAAGGUAUUUGUGAAGAGAUGGAAAUUCCUCCAGCGAAAAGAAGAACCUUCAGGAGAAAGAAAUCUAUGACCGGAGAGAAAGCUAUCCACGAGCCACUAACGUUGGAAGCAGAACUUAAACGAUCGAUGUUAGAGUGCAUUGACACAUUUCAUACAGAAAUAAACACUCGUUGCCAAGGCAUGGAAGAGAUAUCACUAAGAUUUGCUAUCUUGAAGUCCAAGAACUUGCUGAAGAGUUCAGAAACUGAACUGCCAGAAUUAGUUGGCAAUUUGGUUAGUAAUUAUGAAGAGAUGUCUACAGAAGACAUGUUGAAGGAAAUCCCACGUCUGAGGAGGUUUUUACAGGCUGCUUAUGUUCCUGAAAAAGAGGCUGUGAAGUGGAGUUCUUUGAGACUGCUACAAUUUAUAGUCGAGUUUGAGCUUCUAGAUUCUGUACCAAAUUUAACUUUAGCACUGAGGUUUUACUUCACAUUGUGUGUUUCUGUUGCUUCCUGUGAAAGGAGUUUUUCUAAAACCAAGCUAAUUAAAACAUAUCUCAGAUCUACUAUGAGCCAAGCUCGACUCUCUAGCUCAGCUAUUUUAUCUAUUGAGAAUGGUGUAGCCAGAGGGAUCGACUUUGAUGAAGCUAUUUCUCAGUUUGCAGAAAGCAAAGGCGAAGUAAAAGAGAGGUGGCUCCUUGUACCCAAAGAAGAACACCUUGCUGUUGAUGAGCAAAUUAUCCCAACAAAAGCUCAAUCAACUUUGAAGCAAUACAACCCUAAGAAACCACAUAAAGUGUUUGUACUGAGUGGUGUAUCAGGUGUUUAA